GGGUUUGGAAGUACAAUGCCGAAAGGUCUGCUCAGCGGUGAGGGGCUUCUGUUGUUUCUAAAGGAGGGGAGGAUAAAAACUGACCUGUUUUCUGUAGCUGACAACUGUACUGAGAGUUGGGAAGUGUCACCUGAAGACACACCUAAAGAGCUAUUGCGGUGUAUGGCGUUUCACUCCCGUAUCUGAUGGAAAGGAAGAGGGACAGAGUGGAGGUUAGGAAUGUUCCAUGCUGCUAACCUGUUACCUUGAGCGAUUGCCAAAGCUUCAGCACUCAGAGAGCAGGUGGGUGCUGAGUUCCUGCCUUGCCAGUGACACAGCAAAACCUCUGUGCUGGCUCCUGCCUGCUGGACUUGUGAGGAAGCAGCAGUGGGAGAACAAAGGCAAGGGCACCCCUGCAGCUCCUGGUAUGGCUGGCAGUAUCUGAGACUCUCGCAAUCCUCCAUCGUGCAUCGCGGUGAAGCUGAAAAGGGACUUGCUCCAGAAGCACAAGGAAGGAGCAGAAAUGCAUCACAGGAUGGAGGACGAGGCAGUACUGGAUAGAGGGGCUUCCUUCCUUAAACAUGUAUGUGAUGAAGAAGAAGUGGAAGGUCACCACACGAUUUACAUCGGGGUCCAUGUGCCGAAGAGCUACAGGCGGAGGAGGCGGCACAGAAGAAGACCUGGGCACAAAGAAAAGAAAGAAAAGGAGAAAAUCUCGGAGAACUACUCGGACAAAUCAGACGUAGAAAACGCUGAUGAGACAAGCAGCAGCAUCCUUAAACCGCUCAUCUCCCCCGCCGCCGAGCGCAUCCGCUUCAUCCUCGGAGAGGAAGAUGACAGCCCCGCGCCCCCGCAGCUCUUCACCGAGCUGGACGAGCUUCUGGCUGUCGAUGGACAGGAGAUGGAGUGGAAGGAGACUGCAAGGUGGAUCAAGUUUGAGGAGAAGGUGGAACAAGGCGGGGAGCGAUGGAGCAAACCACACGUGGCCACCUUGUCUCUGCACAGCCUGUUCGAGCUGAGGACGUGCAUCGAGAAGGGCUCCAUCAUGCUGGAUAUGGAGGCCUCUUCCCUCCCACAGGUGGUGGAGAUGAUCGUUGACAAUCAGAUCGAGACGGGGCUGUUGAAACCCGAGCUGAAGGACAAGGUCACCUACACCCUGCUCAGGAAGCACCGGCACCAGACCAAGAAAUCCAACCUGCGCUCGCUGGCUGACAUUGGAAAGACCGUCUCCAGUGCAAGUAGGAUGUUUUCCAACCCCGAUAAUGGCAGCCCGGCCAUGGCUCACCGAAACCUGACUUCCACCAGCCUCAACGACAUCUCGGACAAGCCUGAGAAGGACCAGCUGAAGAAUAAAUUCAUGAAGAAAUUGCCUCGUGAUGCUGAGGCCUCCAACGUGCUGGUGGGGGAGGUGGAUUUCCUGGAGAGCCCCUUCAUUGCCUUCGUGCGGCUGCAGCAGGCGGUCAUGCUGGGAGCUCUCACCGAGGUCCCUGUUCCCACACGAUUUCUCUUCAUUCUGCUGGGACCAAAGGGCAAAGCCAAGUCCUAUCACGAGAUCGGCCGAGCCAUCGCUACACUGAUGUCGGAUGAGGUAUUCCAUGACAUUGCCUAUAAAGCCAAGGACCGUCAGGACCUGAUCGCAGGCAUCGAUGAAUUUCUGGAUGAAGUCAUCGUGCUCCCCCCUGGGGAAUGGGAUCCAGCCAUUAGGAUAGAGCCCCCCAAGUCUCUCCCUUCUUCAGAUAAGAGGAAGAACAUGUACUCAGGUGGGGAGAACCUGCAGAUGAACGGGGACACGCCCCACGACGGGGGCCACGGCGGCGGCGGCCACGGCGACUGCGAGGAGCUGCAGCGGACAGGCAGAUUCUGUGGGGGCUUGAUCAAAGACAUCAAGAGGAAAGCACCGUUCUUCGCCAGCGACUUCUACGACGCUUUAAAUAUCCAGGCCCUCUCAGCCAUCCUCUUCAUCUACCUGGCCACUGUCACCAAUGCCAUCACUUUUGGGGGAUUGCUUGGGGAUGCUACUGAGAACAUGCAGGGCGUGUUGGAGAGCUUCCUGGGCACGGCUGUCACCGGCGCCAUAUUUUGCCUUUUGGCUGGUCAGCCCCUCACCAUUCUGAGCAGCACAGGACCCGUCCUGGUCUUUGAGCGGCUCCUCUUCAAUUUCAGCAAGGACAAUGAUUUUGACUACCUGGAGUUCCGCCUCUGGAUCGGCCUCUGGUCAGCCUUCCAGUGUCUCAUUCUUGUGGCCACCGACGCCAGCUUCCUGGUCAAGUACUUCACACGCUUCACUGAAGAAGGAUUUUCCUCCCUGAUCAGCUUCAUCUUCAUUUAUGAUGCUUUCAAGAAGAUGAUCAAGCUGGCAGAUCAUUAUCCCAUCAACUCCCAGUUCAAGGUGGACUAUAUCACACAUUACUCAUGUGCUUGUAAACCACUAGAUCCAGUUAAUGGCUCAUUACUUAACAGGACAACGGUGCUGUCAGACUAUGAGCUGGUCUCUCCCUCCUCUGAGCUGGACAACACCACCAUUGACUGGGCAGCUCUGACAGCCAAGGAGUGCUUGAAGUAUGGGGGUCAACUUGUGAGUAACAACUGUGACUACGUCCCUGACAUCACCCUCAUGUCCUUCAUCCUUUUCUUUGGCACUUACACCUGCUCCAUGGCCCUGAAGAAAUUCAAGACCAGUCGCUAUUUUCCCACCACUGCCCGGAAGCUCAUCAGUGACUUUGCCAUUAUCCUGUCCAUUUUGAUUUUCUGUGGAAUAGAUGCCCUGGUUGGUGUGGACACACCAAAACUAAUUGUGCCAAGUGAAUUCAAGCCAACCAGUCCUGAGAGGGGCUGGUUUAUCCCACCCUUUGGAGGGAACCCGUGGUGGGUGUACCUGGCAGCAGCCAUCCCCGCCCUGCUGGUGACCAUCCUCAUCUUCAUGGACCAGCAGAUCACCGCCGUCAUCGUCAACAGGAAGGAGCACAAGCUCAAGAAAGGUGCUGGAUAUCAUCUGGACUUGUUCUGGGUGGCCAUUCUGAUGAUUGUCUGCUCCUUUAUGGGGCUGCCCUGGUACGUGGCUGCUACCGUCAUCUCCAUCGCUCACAUCGACAGCUUGAAGAUGGAGACAGAGACUUCAGCCCCUGGAGAACAGCCCAAGUUUUUGGGAGUGAGGGAGCAGAGAGUCACUGGAGUCAUUGUCUUCAUCCUGACCGGGGUGUCUGUCUUCAUGGCUCCCAUCCUGAAGUUCAUUCCCAUGCCCGUGCUCUACGGCGUCUUCCUCUACAUGGGAGUUGCGUCCCUCAACGGCGUGCAGUUCAUGGAUCGUCUGAAGCUGCUCUUGAUGCCUCUAAAACACCAGCCUGACUUUAUCUACCUGCGCCACGUCCCUCUGCGCAGGGUCCACCUCUUCACCUUCCUGCAGGUGGUGUGCCUGGCCCUCCUCUGGAUCCUCAAAUCCACCGUGGCUGCCAUCAUAUUCCCUGUCAUGAUCUUGGCCCUGGUGGCAGUCAGAAAAGCCAUGGACUACCUCUUUUCCCAGCAUGACUUAAGCUUUCUUGACGACGUCAUUCCAGAAAAGGACAAGAAGAAGAAAGAGGAUGAGAAGAAGAAGAAGAAGAAGAAGGGCAGUAUGGACAGUGACAAUGAUGAUUCUGACUGCCCCUACUCAGAAAAAGUCCCAAGUAUUAAAAUCCCAAUGGACAUCAUGGAGCAGGAACCUUUCCUAAGUGAUAGCAAACCUGCCGACAGAGAAAAAUCACCAACAUUCCUUGAACGCCACACAUCGUGCUGAUACAAUUCCCUUCCUUCAAUCACACGCCAUGCCAAGCCCUCCACGAACUCCAGUAAAAGUUGUGCCUCAAAUUAGAAUAGACCUUGAGCCUGAAGACAAUGGUUAUUUCUGGAGGAGCAAGGGAACAGAAACUACUUUGUAAUCCGUCUGUCUGUCCGACCUUUUACAAAUUCAUUUUGUCACUAGCCAAACGUUAAGAGCUCCCUGCUCCCAGCAGCGAAGGUAAUGCAGGUAAUGCAGGUAAUGCAGGUAAUGCAGGUAAUGCAGGUAUUCACAGCUCUGUCAGAGCUGACCUCCAGGCUAAUUCCAUGUCUGCUCCCACUGCUUGGGACGCUGGAACGUGCUGCUGAGCCUGACGUGCUCUCACCUGUAGAUGAAAGAGAAGGUACUUCACUCCCAGCGCAGACAGACCGUUGCCAUCGCUGUAGCAUGUUUGGAAACGUCCCUUUCCUAUGCAAUUUUUUUUUAAAGAAACACUUUAAUGGACUUAAUCCAUCAGGUACAUGGAAGAGUGUUAUUUUCCUAGAUUAUUU